CAUACAUUUAUUUCAUUCAUUAAUGUGGGUGCGCAGUUUAUAGAUUUUUACAACAACAGUGAAGUAGUGACCUUGAAAUCUGGCUUGAUUUAUUCAAGUAGUAACUUGAGGCUGGUUUUGCAGUCGCUUUAUAAACAUACCCGUGACAAAGUCAGCAGACUGAGCUGGAUGCCCUGCAGCCUGCUGGACUAUAAAUGUGCUGUAUGCUAAAGACACCGAGGGGCUGUAUGCUGCAGCUCAGUCAUGAGCUGGAUCUCUGCAUCUCUACUUGUAAAGAGUUCAACCUGAGCACAACUAGAUCAAUUUUCUGAUAAUUUUUUUUUCAAUACAAGCUUUUACCACAACCACAACAUGAAAACUCACUUUUUAUGGCUCAAAAUCAGAUGACAGAGUCAAGUCAGACAACAACUUUUUCCCACACUGCUGGAGUUCAGUCUGUUGCUUUUGCACAUUUAUUUGACGAAAAUGAGGAUUUUUCUGAUUGUUGCAAGUUUCUUCAUCUCAGGUGAGUGUUAUUUGAAAUGUUAGAGCACUUUAUACAGUUUUAAACAGUUUAAAGAUUGUACGUGGAGAAUACUUUGACAGAGUAGAAGUGUCUCAUCAGAGCAGCUAUUACUAUUUAAAAGUUUAAAUGUAACUAUCAGAAAGUUAAAAAUAAAAAAUGGACUCUGUGUGUCCAGACUUGUGUAUUUUGUAUUUCAUAUUGUCAGUGCAUUUUGGCUAGUUUUUGGACAAACAGACAAUGGAAUGUGCAGAAUAUUGAGCUUACUGAUCAGACAAGCAAGAUCACAGAUAAAAGUCAUUAUAUAAUUGGGCAUAUUAAAAUAUUAGAAUAAAUAAUUAUAAUUUUGAUUGGGAAUUAUAAAUACAACUAUGAUAUAUACUAUUACUAUUAUAAGAGUAUAGUCAAUGCAUAAUGUACUUCUGUUUUAUGUAUUUUCUAUUUUUCAGUUUUAUUAGAAGCCAUCACAACAUUCUAGACUUAUUGUCAAUUGUAUGUGGAAAUUCAAGUUCAGGACAAAUAGCCUACAAAUAAUCAUAUCAAACUUUUUUGAAUAUUUCUUAAGAUAAUGUCCUGAUUUGCAUGCAUCACAUAUGAUUGUUGAUUGAUGUUAUUAUUAGUGCAGUUUUUGUGUGAGGCUGACAAAAAAGAAAAAGAAAUGUACCACACAUUAACAAUGAUCUUACAGCAUACUCUUAUUCAUUUAGUUUUGGAGGCCACUCAUGUACAACAGGUCAGUGGCCAUACUGGAGACGAGCUUUCCAUCCACUGCUUUAGUCACUGGACCUCCAAUGGCAGCAACAGUCAAUACACCAUGAUUUUCUGCAAGGGACCAUGCUCCAAUGAAAACCUCCUUGUCAAAAAAAAUGAGUCUGGCAUCAUACAGAGAGGAAGAUACAAAAUGGAGAACAGCACUGCUCUAUUCAGUGUGACCAUAAGGAGGCUGAACAGGACAGAUGCUGGGAGAUACUUCUGUGAACUGCAGCUAAAUGACUCUGUGCUCUAUCAGGAGGUGCUAGUCACAGUUUUAGAGGGCACCCCUGCUCCUUUUGUGUCAGUCCCAAAUGAUAUCACUGUACAGACUGCAACACUGUCCUGGGACUACCUCUCAUCCAGUACUGUGCCCCCUGUUUCCACAUCAGGAGGGUCAGACAAAAAGCCAACCUCCAGCCUGACAGACACCACAGUCGUCAUCAUUGUAUCUGUGAGUCUGGCGCUGCUCGUCUGUGCUAUCAUUCCGCUGAUAUUCUACAGACAUUGGCGCAGUUCUGGAGAAGAGCAGACUGUGAGUACUGGAGGUAACAAGCCAGGGGUGGGGCAUAGGGAUGAACACAUAGAUGUCCCAUUGGCGCAGACUGCAGUGGCCCUUCAGACUGACCCAGACCUUGAGGCUCCAGACGCCGCUCAGUAUGCCUCGGUCUACCAGGCCCUGGACCCGCAAUCUCUGGACUGAACCAGCGUUUGAGAAACACGGUGCCAUUGGGUUAUUUUAUAUUGAUGUAACUUUUGUGUUUUGGAUAUCUUCAAAGUACUGCAGUUGUCCAUCCAUAAUUCAUUAAUAUUUAAUACUAUAUUUGUAGUUCUUUCUACCAGUGGGAUGAGUCGAAAUAUUAACUGAAGCUGAUAUUUAAAAAUUGUGUACUUGUUCCUUGUUGCCCACUUUAACAAAAAAUAAAUAAAUAAAUGUAACUGCAAAAUCUGUUUAUUGUGAAGUAUUAGGCCUAACUGUAAGGAUACGUAGGAAGAAACUUGAAGAAUGUUAUGCAAGUACUGUAGCUUGCUUUAUUGAGAAUAUACAUGUUUUGUCCACAAGAGGACGCCCAAAUUCUUCAUUGUUUUUAUAUACCCGUGUGAAACUCAUCGUUACAUCGUAAGUUUGUGUUUUUACCGUCUUACUUAACGCGUGGUGACGUCAGAAAUACCAACCAAAACCAGACAACUUAGUUUAGUGUAACAUUAAAUAUAAAGGUAGGUAGUUUUAGUUUUGUUUUUUUAAUGAAAAACAAUUAAAAAGCAUUCGUCUUUACUGUGAGCAUGUUUGCUUCUCCUUGCUUUAGAGAAGGGCCUCCACCUCUUGCUUGAAUCCAUUAAAAUGUUUCUUCUUCAAUAUUAUAAUUAAACAUCGUUUUUUUCAAUCGCUUUGGCACAGUUCUCUAUAGAAAUUUGGCAUUUGCAAAACAAGUCACACUAAAUCCUAAACAAUAUUUUGGUUUUCCAAAACAAAAUUUUAUCUCUGUAAUUUAAUAAACUGUGUAAGAACUAUGUGAACUGAUGAACUCUUCAAAAUGAUGUGUGCCUCUGUUCAGAUACAUGUUUGAAUCAAAUGAUCAAAUUUAUUGAAAAAAAUUAUAGCUAUAAAUGAACAUGGGCGCCAUUAAUAUUAAUAUAUCUCUAUCUAUCUAUCUAUCUAUCUAUCUAUCUAUAUAAAAGCCUAAACCUGGUUUCAUUAUUUUUUCAUUACUGAGAUAAUUAUUCUUUUGUUUGAUUUAAUAUUUACUUAAAAUGCAUGAUUUUUGGUAAUUCUUUAUGGUUAACAUGAUUAUUUGUUUAAAAAUAAUGAUUGAUCUAUUUACAUUUUUCUUUCAGUUAAUUAUUGCUAAUGUAAUGUUAAUCAUAAGUUUACUUAAGUAAUGAUUAUUUUUUGUAUUAUUUUGUGGUCUAUGACUCCUUAUUUGAAGUGAGUGCAGGUGCACCAUGGGAGUGGAGUGGGGCCAAACAGUUUUUUGACUGUGACUCUUGUCACCUAUCUGUUAAAGUUCCCCUUUUUCUAUGUAUUGUAUGUCCUCAAUUAUGUGAAUACUCAGUAAAGAGUUUUUAACUUGGA